AUGAUGAAUCUGAACGUGCCACCGACGUUGGUUGCAGUGGGGGAAGGCUUCAACGGCCGUCCGUCCGCACCUGGCCCGCUCCGGUGCCGCCAUCAUACGAUCGAAAGCUCUCAGAGCACCGGUGCGAUCACGUGCGCCAAGUAUUAUCGCCAACCAACAAGAGCUCUCAUGCAGAGGAUCAGGGGCUAUUACACAUCAUCUAGCAAUAUCGAUGAUCGAGUCAUGCACGAAUCAUACAUGAAUCUGUUUCACUGCAAGUCACUAGAGCGCUCCGGAAGGUCAAAGCUGACUCCGAGUCAUGAGUCAUUGAUGUCCCUCAAAAUCACCCUUCUCCGAGUCGAUCUGGGCCGGUGUACGAUCGAUCAUCUACUCGUAUAACCAGAUCAAUCAGACUCACAUUUGCGAAAGCUCGUACGUGAUGACCAAGCUCGCCAAUCAAGACCUGCAGUGGCGUUCCAUGGCUUCGUCGUCUCGGAUUGGGCGCCCGGUACGAGCGGCGUUACUAGCAGCGCGCUUGCGGGUGUGA